AGAAGAAGAAGGCCGUGCGCGCGCACUGCACGUAUCACGGGCCACGGUCUGCGCGGCCCUGCAUUCGAACCUCGGGAAGCACCGAUGUGCGGCCAGGCUGCCCCGGGUACCACACUGCUGGACGAAGGAUCGGCGGCGCCAGAAGGCUGUCUCGUGAGCCGUUGCCACAGGGGAGCCCUGACUGGGAAGGAAAGACUGCAAGAUCCUCACCAUGGCCGGCAUGCCAGCGACCGCGGCGCCCGCCGCACCGACGGUCAGGUUCCCCAUGCCGUCGACUUCCUCCAGCGAAACCGUCAGCCGCAGCGCAUACACGAGGAACCUCGCCCUCAUUACGCGAGAGACCACCGUAAUCGACCGGACCCGGGAGCGCUUCAUUAUGCUCGCGAUGACCACCAUGCUCCUGCUCAUCAGUGUCACAAUGUUCGGCAUACUCAUCAGGCUGCUCACGCAGGACUUCGCGUCUUUCACGAUGGUAAAGCACGCGGCCCACUUAACGCCCAGCGAGAGUGAACCCCAGGACGUUUAGCGAGGCUUUACACGGCAUUACCCAGCGCCCCGAAGCUCUGGAGAAUGAUCGCAAAGCUUACAUUCCGGAGUUUUGGAAGUGGGAGGACGCUCAUUUCACGUCCUGGAGCCACAUUUUGCCGAGCGCUUAGUAGGCCGCAGAUUUCUGACAAAAGGUUUGCUCGGCUCUCG